GAACUGGUCUUCACCUGCUGCCCAAGUCUUCAACCAUUCUUUCUCAGCAUAAUACCACCCUCAUCCCAAUUCUUUUCAAUAAUGUACGCGAACCUCUCAACAGCAGCACUCCUAGUCCUCGGACUCCUAGGCACCCAGGCCUCCGCCUUCACAUUGAUGACCUACACCUCGACCAGCUGCACAGGCUUAUCGCCAGAGGAAGAGACUUCAGUCGACAAAGGCUGCACAACCUACACCAACGGAAAAUUCAGAAGCAUCAUCAACAACUGGUCCAGCAACGACGACAACAAGCUGCUCCUCGCAUUCUACAGCGACGAGAAAUGCUGCCACGCCAACAUGGUCGAAACCUUUUCGUGGACGGAUGGGUGCCAGGAGGUCAAAGACGGGAUUAAGAGCUGGAGGGUGGUAGAUCCUGAUGAGCCGGAGAAAGGAAAGAAGGGUGAGGAUUACAUGUGCGAUGAAUAGAUUUUGACUUUGUUCUGCUGGACCAACUUCGAUGUUGUGACUAUUUCGGGCGUGUUUGGUGAAUAGUUGGGCCCUGUGUAUUUCUUCCUUCUU